ACGAAGUCACCGUGGAAAUUUUCAAACUGGGCGCUUGCCACAUUGUGUCACUUUCUCGAGUGGUUCCUCGGAUCCUUCCAGAAACCUCCAAGCGUGUUGCGCGAGCACAGCGAGUAAUCCUCUUAGAGCACAAAGGCAGAUAAGAGGUUUAGGAAGGUGUUCCUCUUGGAGCGGAUCGAGGCAACGGGAGCGGUUUGCCCGGACGAGCCGUGGUUCUGACACUCGUGACGGCCGCGCCAGCUGUGCCGCGAUAAAAACAUGGUGCUCAAAGGAUUGCCCGAGAGGACAGAGGUGACGGCGAUGAUGGAUGAGGGGCAGGUGAACGACCUCAUCCAGAGAUGGAGAGACACCCCCGAGGAUGAACUGACACCAGAGGACCGGCAGCACUUCAACCACUUGGGACGUGCGUGCCUCACUCGGGGAGACACCGAGCACUUCCUCAACUUCCUUCAAGAUGACAAAAAUCAGAGGAUGGUGAAGUCCAUGGGCUGCGUCCUCUUGGCCCCGCUGGUGAAGGAAGCCUCGAAGAACCGGAAGAGCUGCGAUCACGUCCAGGCGGCCAUCGCGCACGUGACCACGACCUGCAGACCGGAUGAAGUCCUGCAGAGCUUGCUGCACGUGAUGGAAGACGCCGAUCCGGAUGCAAUUUCCCAGACCCUGGUGGUCGUGGUCAGCCAUCUUCAAACGGGGCUGCUGAGGCUGGAGGAGGGUCGGGCGUCCUCGCUGGGGUCGGCGCUGAGGGUCCUGCACGAGCAGCUCGCUCGGCUGCCGGUGCCCUACAGCGAGCGGUGGGAGGAGGACGACCGGUUUGGUCUGGGCCGCUGCUGCGACGCCAUGAGCGCCUUCACCGAGACCUUCGUGGAGGAGGCGAGGAACGACGACGCAGGGAAGCGCCGCCAGAUCAAGAUGGAGCUGCUCAACUUCUGCAUGAGGAGCCUCAGAGAACCUUUGCUGGAGGCUUCACUGACUCCAGGGACGAGAACGUCGCCCAUGUGGCGCUUCGCGUCACACAUCGUGGCAACUUUAGCUGCAAUUCGAGAAUCCGCGGCAGAGCUUCUGUUCUUCAGCACGGUGAAGAAGGACAUCCGGAUGGACAAAACGCAGCUGGCCGAGUCCAAAGGCUGCCUGGCGUACCUCGUAAUUGUCAAGCUGCUGGAUCUGGAACGCUUCCCCAUCGUGUUCAGCCCAGAAUUUGUCCUUCAGCGCAACGUGGAAUACGUCCAUCAGCUGCUCAGGAGCAAAAAGGAGUCACACACACUCAAAGGACUGGCCCUGUUUGAAACAUGCCUGGAGAGAGUGGCGGACAACAGCCUGCCAGCGACUCUGCUGGAGCUGAAAAGCUUCCACGACGUCAAGCAAAGUCUGCUGCGAGUUCUGGUCGAGUGCCCCAUGCAACACCUGAGAGAAAGCGGACUCAAGGUCCUCCAGCUCCUCAUCAAUAAACUUGACGCUGAAGCAAAGCACAAGCUCUUCAGAAGCCUGCUAAAAACCAGCCGGCAUUCGGGAAUGGAAGGUCACAUUGUGAACAACAUCAGAAAUCAAGUUGAACUUUCCAUGAAGCCGGGCAACGCCACAAGGUGGUUCCUGGGGCCGGAGUUUGUGUCGUUGCUGGGGCUGGUGUUGACUUUGCCUCAGGGUGCGGAGACAGACCUGCUUCACAACAUGGACAAGAUCAUGGAGAGCCUGAACCUCCUCCGCUUCCUCCUCCUCAGAGACCGAGCACUGAGGACCAACGCGGACGUGUGGGAAGCCGUGAGGCGGAUGAAGGACGAGUACAACGGAACGCUGCGCGUGUGCAUCCGCAUGUGGAGAACUUAUUACGCGGCCCAGCGCGACCACCUCAGAGAUGAGCACAAACUUAAAGCCAGAGCGGCCAGAGCGUCUAACUGCUCCAGGGCAUCCAACAAUAGUCGAAACAGUCUGACGGUCAAAGGUGACAAGGUCUCAAAAAUGCCCCCAGAGGUGCAGCACCAGGUUCUGCUGAGCGCUCUCGUGACCCUCGACCUGAUGGAGAGCCUCAUCGUGCGCACGGAGGAGAUCGCGGAGGAAAAGAACGCCGACCGCCUCGACACCGUCGAUUUAUGUGUGAAAAAUCACGUUUGA